UGAGUUUUUAUCGCCCCGAUGGAUAAUAUCUAUAAAUAUAAGAGUCGAACUCAGGAAAUGUUUGUGUGUCAGUUUUUUAUCGAUUGUCUGAGCGAUUAGUCGACUGCUCGGGUUUUUAAUUUAAACCUUUUUUUGGUUGUAUUUUUAUUUCCAGGUGACAGGUUUGAGUUGUUGGCUGACGUCGAGGAGGCAGCGGGUUGAUCACGGCCACACUCGCACACUUCACCAGCGACCUGAAGACCUGUGGAGUCUGGGGAGCGAGGGCCGAACACCCGGAGGAGGAGGAGAGAGAGGAAACGGGAAAACGUACACUGAGGACUCAAAAGGGGUGGAAAGCUUUUGGGCUUUGGACUAGAUAACCCCUUGUGUGAUUUGAUUUCAGGAUCCAGUUUUUCCUCACGCGUGGAGCGACGCACAUCCGCACAGUGGAAACAAACGGAGAGCAUUAUAGACUGUAUGACUCUGGGGAAAGACUUGUACAAAGUUGGACAUCCUUUUUUUCAAGGACAGGGAUACUGAGCGACUCUUCUGGACUCGAAGUGAAAAAACAGGAAUUUAUUGUUCGAUUUAGAAACAGAAGCUUAAGUGUUGAACUAAGAUUAUAUUGAAGAAGCUGUUCCCCAAGUUCAGAUUGCCUUAGUUGUUCUAUUUCAGGACUUGAACCGCUUUGAUACUUGUUCACAUAUAAUUUUUCUAUAUUGUGAGCGAGUAUAUUCAUGCAUAUGAAUGCAGAUUUCUCUUCAUUUUGAAGAGCUCUUGUGUAUAAACGUGUUUUUUUUUUGUUGUUCUUGUACGUCAGUCACUCUGUUGUUGAAGGGGACCGAACUGCACGUACAUGUGUAUAUGUAAAUACCACAAAUUGACUUCUGUUGUGAAAGCUUUGGACUUAAGAAGAAUAGAGAAUAUUGUUUGUUAAUGCUUUAUUAAAACUUUUUUACUUUUGAAGAGACUUUUUAAAAAGAAAAACCUAAGAGGCAAAAAUCUAAUAACUUUGAAGAAAAAAAAACAACAAAAACAAAAGCGAGUAAAACAGGAAACAUGGCAACCGCCAGAACAGAAAACGUUGGCCCAGUCGUCAUGGGACUGAACAAGCAGAACGGGCAGCUCAGAGGACAGACCAAACCAGCUUCAGUCCAGCCGGCACCCACAACUCAAGGAAAGGCUUUGGGUGCGCCCCAGAUAGGAGGUGGAGCCUCUCAGGACGGAGGAGGCAUCAAGUUUGGAGAUGACUGGAAAAAGAGCCUAAAGCUCCCUCCCAAAGACAACAGGGUCAAAACCUCAGAUGUGACGUCCACUAAGGGGAAUGAAUUUGAAGAUUACUGUCUCAAAAGAGAACUCCUGAUGGGCAUCUUUGAGAUGGGUUGGGAGAAACCUUCUCCUAUACAGGAGGAGAGCAUUCCCAUCGCCCUGUCUGGACGGGACAUUCUGGCUCGGGCUAAGAACGGAACUGGGAAAAGUGGAGCGUAUCUCAUCCCGCUGCUGGAGAGAAUAGACCUGAAGAAAGACCACAUACAGGCACUUGUCAUGGUGCCCACCCGUGAGCUGGCGCUGCAGGUGAGCCAGAUCUCCAUCCAGAUCAGCAAACACCUGGGCGGCGUUAAAGUCAUGGCCACCACCGGGGGCACCAACCUGCGAGAUGACAUCAUGCGCCUGGAUGAGACCGUGCAUGUGGUCAUUGCCACCCCUGGUAGGAUCCUGGACUUGAUAAAGAAGGGCGUGGCAAAGGUGGAUAGAGUCCAGAUGAUGGUGAUGGAUGAGGCGGAUAAGCUGCUGUCUCAGGAUUUCGUGGUGCUCAUCGAGGAUAUCAUCAGCUUCCUGGCAAAGAACAGGCAGAUCCUGCUCUACUCUGCAACCUUCCCCAUCAGCGUGCAGAAGUUCAUGGCGAAGCACCUUCAGAAACCCUAUGAGAUAAACCUGAUGGAGGAACUGACUCUGAAGGGCAUCACUCAGUACUACGCCUACGUCACCGAGAGGCAGAAAGUCCACUGCCUCAACACGCUGUUCUCCAGGCUUCAGAUCAACCAGUCGAUUAUCUUCUGUAACUCCACUCAGAGGGUGGAGCUGUUGGCCAAGAAGAUCACUCAGCUGGGCUACUCCUGCUUCUACAUCCAUGCCAAGAUGAUGCAGGAAUAUAGAAACCGCGUGUUCCACGAUUUCAGAAAUGGGCUGUGCAGGAACCUGGUCUGCACUGAUCUCUUCACCAGAGGUAUCGACAUCCAGGCCGUCAACGUCGUCAUCAACUUCGACUUCCCUAAGAAUGCUGAGACUUACCUCCAUCGUAUUGGAAGAUCAGGGAGGUUUGGUCACCUGGGCUUGGCCAUCAACCUGAUCACAUCAGAGGACAGAUUCAACCUGAAGGCCAUCGAAGACCAGCUGGUGACCGACAUCAAGCCCAUUCCAGGCAGCAUCGACAAGAGCCUGUACGUGGCCGAGUACCACUCGUCUGGCGCCGACUGUGACGUGGAGGAGGUUGAGGAGAAACCGGGACACCACCAGGACAGCACCUAAAACAGGACGGCAGGACACACCGGGCUUUUGCACAGACAUCAGCGCUUGCGCACAGGCUUCAGGCAACUCUUCACUUUCACAUUUCUCACUCGUUUUCAGAGCCUGUCGAAUGGAUGUAAAGGCUGUUUUUAUUUUUGUUUUGUUUUUGCCUUUCCUUUGCUUUUUCCUCAAAGAGAGCUGCCUCAUUCUUUUGUUUUAAUUAACUGAGAAAGUUGAACUAUAUUGUUUUGCACCAAACUCAGAGCGGGCCAUGCAUCCUGCGUAUGAGCUUAGCGUAUUUGUUUCCUAAAAUUUAUCUCGGUUAGACAGCACUGCAAAGGAGAAUCGAAGCUGUUUUGAACCUGUCGUCCUAGGAGGCUGUUUUCAUUGCCAGCAGCGAGGUUGGUCUGUUUUUAAUGUUACAAUGGUGCACUUACACCAGCCAUCGUUCUGUCCACUUACACUGUUGUUGUCACUUAAGUGCCUUACUUACUCCCAUGUGCACUCAUCCAUUCAUAGCCUGCUGUCUUCUGUCAUGCAGCAGAGUACGAGCACAAACGAUAUGAAUUUAAUAGCAACCCCAGUUUAUUUAAACAUCCAUUAUGCAAGGGAAAACGACAACACACACACACACACACACACGCUUUCUCCUGCUGAGAGAUGUGUUGGAACACGGCUCAAACUCUUUAAAAACCAUCCUGAAUGUGAACGUUUAUUUUAAAUGUGAACGUUGCAAUAAAAAAAAAA